AUGGCACUCUCUAUGACGAUGAAAAUGAUGCUCCUCAAGAGACGAGCAGUAUCAAAAGUCAAUUGGGAUGAAAAUGCCGACAGCACCCACUACGCCGACAUGAACCACCAUGGAGAACUUUACAGGAACGAUUCUCAGCAUUUCGACGACCGAUCCAUGACAUCGAAUCAAUCUUCGCCGACUUACUACAACGACGAGCAUUUUGCUCAGCAACCGAGCGAAUCUGAACAACUAUACGCAUACCAAGAGGUCUUGGACCAUGCUGAUGAGCAUGGUAAUUGGCCCGGUGAGGACAAUACAUAUCAGCAGUCACACGAAGAUCAGUCUGAGAGUGAUAAUGAGAGCGCGUCUGAUUCGGGGUCCUUGCUCUACGAUCCCCAGCCUGAUUACGGCCAUGAGCCACAGAAUCAGUACUUUCAACAUCAAGGAUAUGCGCCAGAGGCUGAUCAAGAUUCAGAUGGAUCUGAGGAUGACCAGAGUGAUAUGCAGACCGACUAUCAGGAUGAAAACAGUGGCGAGUUGAGCGAACAGUCUGACAGUAACGAUGCUGGGGAUGAUUACGAUAAUGGAUUUGACUCCCAAGACGACUCAAACUAG